GAGAGCAAAGUGUGACUUUCCACAAAGCAUCAUAUAUGCUGAAGCUCUUGGACAUUAGAAGCAUCCGUCCUGUGGCUGCCCAACCCAUAGCCCCAUAUAGCCUCAUUUUUUUGUUUGGAUGGAAGAAAGAUACAGGUGCAACCCCCUUUCUCCUCAGGUUUAAUUCCAUUCUUGCACACUGAGACAAGAAGCAGUGCAGUUGGUGCACCAGCUUUCCAGACUGCCUCGGGAUGGCCCACCUUGAACAAAAGCAGACGGCAGAGAUCCCUAGAAAUGCCACUGAAGUCCCAAGCGAUAAGUUGAUGCCAUCACAGCCUCAGCCAAACAGAAGGCCCAGGCAAUGCAUGGAUGGGAAGAAAUGCAGUGUAUGGAUGUUCUUACCUCUUGUCUUGACAUUAUUUACCUCAUCAGGACUGUGGAUUGUAUAUUUUAUAGCAGUAGAGGACAACAAAAUUCUUCCACUAGACGUGACAGACAGCAAACCAACUUCUUUAAAGCCGCCAUAUAUAAGUAUUGCAGGUGAUGACCCUCCUGCUAGCUGUGUAUUUAGCCAAGUCAUGAACAUGGCAGCAUUCCUAGCAUUGGUCAUAGCUGUCCUCCGUUUCAUUCAGCUAAAACCAAAGGUUUUGACUCCAUGGCUCAAUAUCAGUGGCUUGGUGACUUUUUGCUUGGCUUCUUUUGGAAUGACCCUUCUGGGCAACUUCCAGCUUUCCAAUGAUGAAGAAAUACACAACGUUGGCACCUUUUUGGCCUUUGGUUUUGGCACUCUGGCCUGUUGGAUUCAGUCCGCACUAACCCUCAAAAUAAAUGUGAAGAACGAAGGUAGAAAAGCUGGCAUCCCACGAGUGGUUUUGUCAGCGGCAAUAACUCUCUGCCUAGUCCUUUAUUUCAUUUUGAUGAAUGAGUUCAAGUUGCACAUGCAUGCGUCACGGAUCCAGUGGGGAAUGGUGAUGUGCUUCCUAUGUUUCUUCGGCUCCUUCGCGGUGGAAUUCAGACAUUACCGGUUCGAGAUCAUUUGCUCCGAGUACCAAGAGAAUUUCCUCAGCUUUUCUGAAAGCCUCUCUGAAGCCUCCGAGUAUCAAACAGAUCAGGUGUAACCCAUCUCCCAACUGACCAGGCGGAUGAUGUUUGAUGUUAAAGGAUUGAACUCACGGCCUCUUUCAUUUACCGUGUUUUAGCGCUUUUUUUUUUUUGCUAAUUUCUCUCUGCAAUCGCCCAAAAUUUCUUCCGAAGAAAGAACAAGAUGGCUCUUUGCAUGGAUUCACAAAAUGUUUCUAACUGAGCCGCUUUCGGUUUGAACACGAACACCCUGCCUCAAAUUCUGUGGAGAUUCUGAGUCAUCCAGAUCAUGGUUGUCCCAAAAGUGCUUUUUUUAUUUUAUUUUCUCAAAAGGCCACUGGACUUUUCCUUGAAGACGUUUCGCUUCUCAUCCAAGAAGUUUCUUCCGUGUUGACUUCAUUUCAGUUCUUCAGUCAGAACGGAAGAAGUCUUGGAUGAGAAGCGAAACACCUUCAAGGGAAAACAAAGUGCCUGAAAAAAGCACCUUUGGGUGACAUCCUGCCUCAAAUACAAAAUGGUUGUUCUAAACGCAAAGCGAGAAACUUCCUGCACGUUUUCUGGGCUCAAGGCGGAGCAUUGCUGGCAGAUUUUCCCCAAUGUUCAAAACAGCCCAUGUCUUGCUUAGAACAGUUGUUGCACAUUUAAGGCUGGGUGCUUUGUCCUCGAAACGGCGGAGUUUGAAACAUUUUGUCCACACGACUCUUUGCUUUUUUUUUUUUUUGCUUAAGGUAUUUUAAUACACGGUAUGAGAUGUUGAGUCAUUGAGUUUAGGUUUGUUUCCCAUAGUUCUCUUGUAACUGGCUGGCAGAACUUAAUUUUGCAUUAUAUUGUUACACACAAGAGGUAGCCAAGAACUAUGAAGAACUGUUAUCCAUACGUAUAGUAUAUGCAGUUACGCCUUGAGUGACUGUAAAAAAUGGAAAGGGUCUUUUUACCUUCAAUAACUUUUAGACCAGAAUUCUACAGCAACCAUGGUCUAUGGAUAUAUCAUCCACUGGAUGGUGGUGUAUCCAAAUUUGCAAAACGAUAUGUCAAGUUGCAAUGCAAGCUGCAUCUGGUGUCUGUAUGCAUACACCAUGCAGAAGACAGGUUAUGAUUGUGACAGGGUUAUGAUUGUGAUACCACAGCUAGUAUUUUACAGAUCCAUUGUGUAAUAAGCUUUAACUAUAACCUGUACAUUUGGCCACGGAAUCUACAGUUCCCACGUCUAUUACUGUGGAGGUUUGCAAACCACUUUCCUGUGUUAUUGAGUUUCUGGGGUCAGUUGUCUGCUGAGGUACAAUGUUAUCUUUCCCUACCUUUUUCUGCAUUUCAGACUCUUUGAAAGGAAAUGCCGAUUUUACUGCAGCCUGGUCCAUUAGAGCGAGCAGAUGGUGCUUGACCUCACAAAAAUCAGGGCUUGGAUUGUCAGUCUACCUGCCUUCCCAUAUUCUGGUGCUUUUGCCACCUUUUAUAUUGAAAACAGGUUCAUUUCUCACUUUGGGGAACAAGAACACACACACACACACACACACAUUUUUAUGCGGCUUCCCUCUGGGGCCCAGUGAAUGGAUGAUGGGCAUUUAUGGAAUCCUAGAUAGCCAGAUGCACAAGAUAGGAUUGUUUCUGAGCCUUUAGUAUUUGCAUAGUAGCAGGAAUCUCAAGGAGCUGUCCUGCAAAAUCCUCUUUCUAGGUCAUUUUUCAAGUUGCAUAUGAGUUUUCUUUUUUCCUGUAUGUGGCCUGUAUAUUUAACACAUCUUUUUUCAGAGAUUGGAAGAUGUUUCUAUGCUGGAAUUUUAAGACUAGAUACGCCAAUGUGAAGCUGUGGGGUAGAACUGUUACUUAAGGAGAAAAGUGUAACAUGUUUUGAAGUGGGGAAAAAAUAAAAUCAGAUGAUGUUGGAAUGUUAACCAAGUAGCAAUAACUAAGAGCUUGUAAAGGACAAUUGAAAAAUUGCUAAUUUGCUAUAUGGAAUAAUUAAAUAACUACAGUUGGAGGUAGACUUUUGGGAUGAAAUUAUUUGCUACACAAUCUUACCUAAUUUUACAUCAGAGUAAGUCUCACUGAACAUAAAUUGGAUUAAGUCCAACACUUUAAAUUCCAACAACUGGGCCAGAAUCUCGACUGAGAUAGUGAAUGGUUGAGAUAGGAGUCAGAAAAUAUUGAACAGAGAGAGCAAUGAAUUGGGUGAAAAGCUGAAGUUUAAUAAUUAGAAAUAGGAGAUCUGUCAAAGUGAUAAUGGUUAUCAAUGUAGGACAUAAAAGCACGCACAACUGUAAAAUACACAAGUGAUUCUAUAUUAGAGGGGUUUGAGGGAGGUAAGUCAGGUGUAGAUAGCUAAGUACUGUUCAGAUGUUUUGGAACAGCUCUGGACAGGAUGGCAAGGGAUUAUGUUACCAACAUCUGGUGAGUAACAGGUUGCUUAUCCCAGCUGUAGAGGAAUCCAAACCAGCUGUGCUUCUCCAGUUAGGAAAAGGUUGGAAACAUAAGAAAUCCACCAACAAGCAGCUAAAUGGGUUUCUGUUAAAAUGUGUUUUACUGUAAAUAAUUCAUUGUGGAUUUUUAAAAAAUGUUUAUGUUGUAUCAUUUAUAUUUUGCAUUUUUUUCCUGAAAGGGAGGAAAAGAAAUUGUUUUGUGAACAUUUCCUCUCUCUCUCCAUUGAAUAUGCAACCCAACUUUUUUUCACGACAAUGGUGUAAAUACCUUUUAAGUACUUCUUACGGCACAUUUUUCAAUAUGGUUGAGCAAAAACUUCAUAACUGUAUACUGAUACGUGACCACUAAAUAAAUUUCUUUUAUGGAA